AGUUUGACGUCACUAAACAUAACAGGGUGGUAAUCUUGACUGGCCAUUGAAUCAUCAUUUUAGUUUAAUGUGAUAUAGCUCGUCAUCAUAGAAUAUUAUAAAACGCUAUUCACCGUUCAUGUGAGAGCUGAUAGAUCUUUAAAGAGCCAGAGAUUGUGGGUUGAAUCAGUUCUAUGAAAUGAUGACGAUAUAAUUAGUACAGAGAUGAAACAGAAGCAGAACAGAUUUUAAGUGUGCCUAGAUCAUGCAGGUUUCUAUAAACAUUUUAAGUUAUGAAUCAGGCUCAAGAAAUGUUCUCUUCUCUAAUCAGACCACUUACUAAUAGGAUAAACAACGCAGGGAGGCGUGUCACAAAUAACCCCCCUGAGAGGGGACAAACACAAGACAAUGAAGAAGAUGGUUUUUUGGUGGUUGGUCAGAGCAGAAGUGAAAGAACAACUGUGAGAAAUUGUGAUUUCACUGGAAAUAUAAAUUCUCCACCAGACUACCAUAGUCUGAUACAGAAUCAGGUUACUACAGACAGCAGUGAAAACCUUCCGUCCUACACCCAAUACUGUCGUUCGCUGUCCACGUCCUCCAGCAUGAGCAUGGAAACAUCUCAGUGCACAAACUUCAAUCAAAAUGCCGCAAAUGGCAAUUACAUGGGAGACCAGGACGACAUGCUCGGCCACAAUACCGCCGUUUCCGACGUCCCCUUUGUGCUGAAUCCUCAAAUCCAAACCAUGGUUGACAUUACACAUGGCAAUGUGCCUUGCUUACAUCAACAUCCGAUUAACCUGUCCAAGUAUUCGUAUGACUUCAGUCUGGAGAACUCUAUGAUUAGUGACACAGACAAGUUUUACUAGAUGUACCUGUGAUAGAUCAUUCUGACCGUAAAUUACCAUACCGGUAGUUUUUGAUUGGCUGUUAUAAAAAAUCAAUCAAACAAAGGUAUACUGUAAAAUCAUACAUUUUCAUGGGACAUUUAAUUUGAUCAUUUCGUGGAUAAUAAAAAUCCACGAAAUUAAAUCCCUACGAAAAAAUAAAUUUGGUAUGUUAUAGAUAGGGGAAAAUUAGAAAUC